GCACAUUCCAUUAUAUGUGGUUUGCGCUUAACAGCCCAUUCCGUGUGUUUUCUCAUUUUCAUUUUCUCAAAACAAAACAAUUCACAUUAAUCAUUAAUAUUUUCAAUUUAGACAAUGGAGGAAAUAUGCAGAGUUUGCAUGGGAACGACUGGAGCAUCAUUAAACAUUUUUGAUGAAGCACAGAAAUGGGACCCUUGCAUUGCUGACAUGAUAUCCCAGUGUACCGGGUACGUGGUUUGGCGAGGGGAUUCACUGCCAGAAAAAAUAUGCCCGCCUUGCCUUGAGGAUGCAGUGAGUGCAUUCAAUCUUAAGAAAUCCUGCGAGCAGAGCCAUCGACUAUAUUUUCCAGUGAUGGAGCCAGUUGUAGGAGAAGAUCGCUGUGAUAAUCUGGAAGACGAUGUGGAUUGGGAACCGUCAGAUGGGGAAACUGAGAAAUUGAACCAAUUUGAAACCGAUUCAAAGGUUCAAGAUGAUCAGAAUGCCGAUCAUCAGUUCAAAUGUAGUCUUUGCCCAAAGAGCUAUACGCACAAAUCGAAUCUAAAUAGACACAAAAAAUUACACACUGAAGAACGACCCUACAAAUGCUCAGACUGUUCAAAGUCAUUCAAACUAAAGUCCCAUCUUCAAGCACACACCCAUACGCACACAGGUUAUCAAUGUUCCUACUGCUCGAAAUCAUUUAAGCAAAAAGAUAAACUCAAAGUACACCUCCGUUAUCACACUGGGGAGCGACCGUACAAGUGUACUCACUGUUCAAAGGCAUUUAAACAUAAGAUAUCACUUAAAAAUCACACACAAAGUCACAAAGGUGAUCGACCAUAUAAAUGUUCUCACUGCUCGAAGUCAUUUCGAGAGCAAGCGUCUCUGGAGAUUCACAUCCCCACUCACACGAGAGUGCGACCAUAUCAGUGUACUCACUGCUCGAAGUCCUUUUUGUACCCUAAACUACUACAAAUUCAUAUCCGUACGCACACAGGGGAACGACCCUUCAAAUGCUCCCUCUGUUCAAAAUCCUUUCAACAAAAAGCCCAGCUCAUUGAUCACAGCCGUACUCACACUGGGGAGCGACCGUAUAAGUGUAUGCACUGCUCGAAAUCUUUCUCUCACUCCGGAACUCUCCACAAUCACAUCCGUAUGCAUACCGGUGAGCGACCCUUUCAAUGUUCUCACUGUUCGAGAUCAUUUAAGCUAAAAUCCGAUCUAAACAUACACACUCGUACGCACACAGUUGAUCGUCCCUACCAAUGUUCCCUCUGCUCGAAGUCAUUUAAAUAUAAAUGGUAUAUUAGCAGACACCUCCGUACUCACACGGGGGAGCGACCAUAUUUGUGUACUGACUGCUCGAAGGCAUUCAAACAUAAAACAUCUCUUAAAAAUCACGCCUGCAGUCACUCGUAAAAUUAUCGCUAGCUUUCCAAAUAUAAAAGUAUAUAUAUGUAUAUGGAAUAUCUACCUAUUCCAGAACUACUAGAGAAUCUCAGAUCUUCUUCGAAAAAGGGUUUUAGAGAGUAUUAACUUAAUACUUUUUUUUGUCUGUAAAAUAAAGAUAAUAAAGCAAAACUAUGAAAUAGAA